UGAAACCUAUAUAUACACAUUGUUUCCUCUUUAUUUUUCAAUCAAAUAACUACCAAUUCCAUCAUCAUCCUCUUAUACUACAAAAUUGUUCAUAAUUCUUCUAACUUCGUUAGUCAUAAAUCACUAUGAGUCAGUUUAACAAUCAACAACAAACUCCUAUAUCAUAUCCACCACCAGGUGAGGCUUAUUCUACAGCUCAAUAUGUCACUGCCCCACCACCUAUGGGUUACCCUUCUAAAGAUGGUUCUGAAGGGUACCCUCAGCAAAGGAUUCCUGAUCAAACCACAAGUAGGGGUGAUGGUUUCUGGAAGGGAUGUUGUGCUGCUAUAUGUUGUUGCUGUGCCAUAGAUAUCUGCUUUUAGGUUUAGAUUGUGCUAAUUUGUUACUUAAUUACCACAAAUUUUAAAUCUUUUGUUUCCUAUUUGUAUUCGUUGUAGAUUGUAUGGAAGAAUAAGGAUUUUUAUCUUUUCAAAGAUUAUUUGCUUAUUUAUCCAUCUUAUGGUGUACUAUUUUCGUGGUAUUAACUUUAUGUUGUAUUUGAAAAAAAAAAGGAAAUUAUAUAUUUUUUCUCUUUUUCAUGCAUGUGCUAUCUCUAUCUAAGAAGGUCUUAGUUGGGGACAGAAAAUCUUAAAAAAAAUUUUGCAAGGAAAUGUGUCUCUUAAAUUGCAGAAAAAACAGAGUAUUUCUAGUUGUGUCUCUUUUAUUUUUGGUUUUUAGAUGGUAUUUGUUUGAUAGAUUUAAAUAAGAUUUUUAAAAAUGUGAGAUUGAAAAUCUCAUAUUUUCAUGUUUGUUAGAAGUAUUUUUAGGUAUUAUUUAUGAGAAAAUGGGUGAUGCACUGACAGUGUAAAAUA